AAGAAAAUUUUGCCCGCGACGAAGCCCUAAACCCACGGGUUCUCUCCUCCCUCUCCCGCCGCCGGCUGAAACCCCAAAGCCCCUCCGAGCUUGCCCGCGCCGUCGCUCCCCUCCUCUCCACUUCCCCUGGCCGCCGCCGACCCCGACGCCCUCGAGCUCUGCCAGCUCUCCAACGACCCCGAGCUGACCCACCCAGCAAAGCAGCCGGACCUCCCGCCGCCGCCGCCGAGAUGGGCGGGGGCCGCGCGCAGGUAAACAAGGCUCACAAGACCCGCUUCGCGUCCAAGGCGUCCCGCCACGCGCACAAGAUCGACAAGGUCAGGAGCGGGAAGCCAGAGAGCAGCCACCGCUCCGCCGUCAAGGGUGCCCGCGCCGCGCGCAUCCAGCAGAGCAAGGCGAUCCGUGAUAAAAAACGUGCUGCUUUGCUGAAGGAGAAACGGUCAUCUAUAGGAUCUUCAGGCGCACCACGUGUCAUUGUUCUUGUUGGCCUAUCUUCAUCAGCAAAUGUUGGAUCACUUGCAAAAGACCUUUUAACAUUUGCGGAAGGAUGUGAUGGGAAACUGAGAUCCUCUACUGUUGCUUCUCCUACUUAUAAGCUUCGAACCACGGUACUGCAAGCACCAUAUGGUGAUCUUACCUCAUGCAUGGAACUUGCAAAGGUUGCUGAUUUGUUGGCGUUCGUUCUACCAGCAAAUUCAUUGUACAGUAAUGAUUCGAGCAGUCCAGUUGAUGAGUUCGGGUCGCAAUGUCUAUCGGUAUUUCGGGCCAUGGGUUUACCUAGUACAGCUGUUUUCAUUCGAGAUCUACCAGAGGACAAUAAAAGUAGGCAAGAAUUGAAGAAAGCAGCAACUUCUUUCCUUUCUGCAGAGCUGCCUGAGGACUGCAAGUUUUACUUAGCGGACACAAAUGAUGAUUUGCAUAAGUUCAUGUGGCUUUUCAAGGAGCAGCAUCUUUCAUCACCACAUUGGAGAAACCAGAGACCAUAUGUUAUGUCUGAACAGGUCUGCAUAAAACCUGAUGACAAUACGGGAUUGUGCACACUACUUGUGUCUGGAUAUUUGCGGGCCCAUAAUCUUUCAGUGAAUCAGCCUGUCCAUGUUUCAGGUGCUGGUGAUUUUCAGUUAAGCCAAAUUGAUGUCCUCAAGGAUCCAUGUCCUCUUAAUGAGCGGAAAAGCUCUGAUGUAAUGGAAACAGAAGAUAAUGGAAUUCAGAUUGUUAACACCUUUGUUCCAGACUCUUCGAAUCAGGAACCCUUACUUGUCGAAAAUGUACCAGAUCCUCUUGCCGGGGAGCAGACUUGGCCAACGGAAGAAGAUAUGGAAGAGGCCAACAUAAACAACAAACAGAAAAAAUUAGUAAAGAGGAAGCUUCCCAGAGGCACUUCAGAAUAUCAGGCUGCUUGGAUUGUUGAUGAUACAGAUGAUGAAGAUAAUGACUCCGAUAAUGACAACCAGGCUGGUUCUGGAAUGGUCAUUGAUGAGCAAGGUCAUGCAGAUCAAGGAAGUGAUGGUUCAGACAUAGAUGCAGUUUCUCACUUCACGGAAAAGUUUGAUGAAGAAACUGUUGGGGAUACUGAGAUGGCAGAUGAAGAAAAUUUGACUAAAGAACAGAUAGAAGCAGAGAUUAAGAAAAUCAAAGAAGCUAAUGCUGAAGAUGAAGAAUUUCCUGAUGAGGUGGAAACGCCGUUGGAUGUUCCAGCAAAAAAACGGUUUGCAAAAUACAGAGGACUAAAGUCAUUUAGGACGUCAUCCUGGGAUCCUAAGGAAUCGUUGCCACCUGAUUAUGCAAGAAUAUUUGCAUUUGAUAACUUCACACGUACUCAAAAGCAUGUCCUUGCAAAAAUUGCCGAGCUAGAUGGGGAAACAAAGGAUUGUGCUCUUGUGGGAUCAUACGUAAGACUCCAUGUGACAAACAUUCCUACUGAUGUUGCUUCCAAACUUUGUGAUCCAUCAAGAAGAAUACCUGUGGUGGUUUCUGGUCUUCUUCAACAUGAGUCGAAAAUGUCAGUUCUUCACUUCAGCAUAAAGAAACAUGACUCAUAUGAAGCUCCUAUCAAAUCUAAGGAGACUUUGAUUUUCAAUGUUGGAUUCAGGCAAUUUACAGCAAGGCCAUUGUUUUCAUCCGACAAUAUCAACUGCAAUAAACAUAAGAUGGAGAGAUUUCUACAUCAUGGACGGUUUUCUGUUGCCUCUGUAUAUGCUCCAAUUUGCUUCCCUCCACUUCCUCUAAUUGUUCUGAAGAACAGAGAUGGCGAGCAACCUGCCAUUGCUGCUGUAGGUUCACUAAAAAGUGUGGAUCCCGAUCGAAUCAUCCUGAAGAAAAUUGUUUUGACAGGGUAUCCACAGAGAGUCUCGAAACUGAAAGCAAUUGUGCGGUACAUGUUCCACAAUCCUGAAGAUGUCAAAUGGUUCAAGCCUGUUGAGUUGUGGACAAAACAUGGACGCCGUGGCCGGAUCAAGGAGACUGUUGGCACUCAUGGUGCUAUGAAGUGUAUAUUCAACAGCAGCAUACAACAGCAUGAUACCGUGUGCAUGAGCUUGUUCAAACGCGCGUACCCAAAAUGGCCUGAACAGCUGUACCAGGUGUAGGAUGGAUUACACUUGGACGUUUCAGCAGCGUGUCAGGUUGGUGGCACUUUGUUUGAUACAGCAGCUCCUACCAACAAGAUGGAAUCCAAUUUCCUGUAACGUGUUGCUGUUACAGGGUAACUUGGUUGUUUUUACUGUUAUAGUGUUAGCCGUACCGUUUGUGCCAUGAGGAGGCGAAGUUUUGGUCAUGUCAUUAGUACCACUGGAUAAUCAGUUUUAUUUUGUUUCUUCUUGUGAGGCCGGUGCAGGCCAUUGUGGAUGAACCUGUAUAUGUUUGCUGUCUUAUUUAUUUAAGAGCUAAAUCUGCGGAGGAAAACUAUGGGUGCAUUUUUGGUGGAAUACAAAUGUGUUGUUA